AUGUCUACAACCGGAGGCAAUGCAGAGAUUAUCGCGAAGAAAGGCGAUGUCAUACUUCAACUAGGCAAAGUCGGAGUCAGAGAAUGUGUGCGUAAGAUCCUCGUCUCAUCCAUGGUUCUCAGCCUUGCUUCACCAGUCUUUGCCACCAUGUUCGAUGGUCGUUUCUCUGAGGGCCAGAAUCUUUUGCCGACUUCGCCGUACACAGUUCCGCUUCCGGACGACGAUCCUCAGUGCAUCAUCAUGAUCUGCAAGAUCGGACACAUGCAGACGUCGCAACUUCCGACCGCGCUCACCGCCAUGGCCUUCUUUAAACUUGCGCUUGUGUGUAAAAAGUACGAUUGCGUGGAUGUGGUUCGUACAUGGGCUAUAAUCUGGGUUGCUGAACUACUUGAGAACCCUGCAACUCAAGAUUUCGAGAAGAUAGCUCUCGCGAUACAUCUCCUUAAUCUACCGAACGAAUUCUUCAAAGUUUCUCAGAGCUUGAUUCGCGAUCAGUCAGCAACGUUCAGUAUCAUUAAAGCUAUGGGUGGCCAAGAGUGUCUACCCUGGACAGUAUACCAGUGUGUACUCCUUGGUCAAAUGACAUAUCGGCAGGAAAUCAGCAAGGCAUUCGGUUCGAUCGUCACAGGAAGAGAGAGGUGCAGUGCAUCGAAACAGUCCAUCUGUCUUUUCUUCCACAGUCUCAAAGAUGACAACACAUGGCCAAUCAACGAUGACUCAGUACCGACCAUCAAGUCCAGGCUUAAGAGUGUUCGCGAAGUUGUCUUCCCUGUCAACCGCACCCCAUGCUCAAGCCACAGUUAUAUCAUCUGUACUUGCAAGACUGUUAGCUGCAUAAAGAGCAAUCUUGUAUCUGAGCUCGACAAGAUCUAUAAUACGGUACAGGGUCUUUGUCUGUAUUGUGUUCGACACAAGGCCCUUGGAGAAAGAAAGCAAGGUCAAAUGCGGCUCCCAUCUGGCAACUAG